UAGCCUUGUAGUAGGAGUGAGUUGUCGCCUGUUUUUAGACUUUUAUUAAAUUAUGGUGAGACAAAAGUGUUUUUUGUGUAAGGUUGAGCCUGGGGAAGCAGGCAGUGAAGGGAUAUCUUUUCACAGUUUCAAUGUGGAAGUUUAUCCAUCAUCAAGUUCUUCUAAAACUUGGAGUGCCUCACCUGCAACUGUGACAGCCUCAGAAAAUUGUUAUGAAUCAGAUGUGUUUACUGAAUCUGUUCAAGCAAAGAAGAAAAGAAAGAGGAAGAGGUAUGUGGGAGACUUAACCAGUAGCGACUUUUCUACACCUGAGAAGAGAAAACGGAAUUUUCGUCUCAUGAAAGACACUAUUUUGAGACAGAGGAAGUUACUAUAAAACAAACAACGUUUGAUCCGAUAUUUCAGAAAUAGAAACCUAACAUAGAAUUAAUUCCUUGAUAUGCUAAAUCAAAGGUUUAAUAUGAAUGCUUCAACUGAAAGUGAACUCAAGGUAAGGGAAAAACAAACAAAAACCACAAUAGGACAGUUAAGUAACAACAAAAGAACCUAAAACUUCCUGAAAGAGGAAAAAUACAAAUAAAUUGACCUAGCCUAUAACCAAAGUCACGAAACAAUAUAGAAACAAUGGGUGAUAUCCAAUUUAUUUAUAUUUUCCCGUGUGUUUAAGGUUUUUCUUUCUUGCUUAACUGUUUAUGGUGGUGUUAGCUUAAAACACUAGAAUAAUUUGAGUCACCUCAAUUUUUAAGUUAUUUAGACCUAUGAAAUGUCAGAAGUGGACAUCACCUAUACCUGAAAUCAUGAAAGAUUUCAAUUUCAAUCACGAGAAAACUGCAGAAUUUGACAGUUAUCAUAUAGAAACAAUGCAAAAAUGUCAUUCUUAUAUGCUACCUGAAACAAAGGAUGUACUUGUAUUUAUGUUGGUAUGUCUUAAUGGAUCCUGGAAAAUUACUGUUGGCUACUUUUUUUGGCUGGAUUAGCUGCUGAGGAAAAGGCAGAGUGACUAAAAAAUUGUUUGACCUUUUUAUAAGAGUCAGCUUAAACAUUUUGAUAUUUUGCACAUUUUCAAAUCCGUGCAAUGUUCAUUGUCAACUGCUUAUUGUUAACAUAACUUGUGCUGGUGUGAUAUCCCAUAUUUACAAUUGUUAGGUAUAUUUUUUGUUGACACAUUUCCUAUUAAGAAUGUCAAGAAAAUUUUAUUUUGCAUUGAUUGAUCUCCAUAUAAAAUAUUUUGUAAACCAU